AUGGUGCAGCGCGGCCCGCGGGGCCGGGGCGCGGAGGCUCGGCGGGAGCCCUGCGCCCCGCUGCCCGCCCGUGACACCGAGCCCGCCUGGUGCAAGACGCCGAGCGGGCACAUCAAGCGGCCCAUGAACGCCUUCAUGGUGUGGUCCCAGCACGAGCGCCGCAAGAUCAUGGACCAGUGGCCCGACAUGCACAACGCCGAGAUCUCCAAGCGCCUGGGCCGGCGCUGGCAGCUCCUCCACGACUCCGAGAAGAUCCCCUUUGUCAGGGAGGCCGAGCGCCUGCGCCUCAAGCACAUGGCUGACUACCCCGACUACAAGUACCGGCCUCGGAAAAAGGGCAAGGUGGGCACCGGAGCAGCCCGCCCGCGGCUCCCAGUGAAGAUCAAGCCCUCGGUGUUGGGCCGUGUCUCUGGCAGCCGCAGGCAGCCCGCCAAGCUGCCCGCCGGCCCCGACACCCCGCAGGAGCCCGCGGCAGAGGUGCCCGCUGAGGACAGCCCUGUGGUGCCUGGCACGGCUGCCUGGCACCCGGCACCCGACGGGGAGCAGAGCCCCCAGGAGCCCCCUGCACCCCUGAGCCCUACCACACCCUGCCCGGAGCCAGGGCGGUCCCCAGAGAGCGGGUCACCCUCUCCCAUGUCGGCUGGGUCCCCUCCCUCUUCCUUCAGCUCUUCUGACGAGGAGCUGGAGGAGGAGCUGCUGGGGAUCAUGCCCGGGCGGGCGCCUGCCAGUGCCACCUGUGGUGCCCUGGACUGGUCCGUCUUCGACAAGGACCACGACCUCUACCCGCGGGGAGGCUCCUCGCACUUCGAGUUCCCGGACUAUUGCACGCCCGAGGUGACGGAGAUGAUAGCAGGGGACUGGCUCAUGUCCAGCAUCUCAGACUUGGUCUUUACCUACUGAGUCCCACGCUCUGCAGGAAUCAGGUAUUUUGCCUUGAAGCUGCUGGAAGGCAGAGCCCCUGCUCCCCCCAUCCCCUGGCACACACCCAUUCUCCAUCCGUCUGUCUGUCCGGCUCUCGCCUCGUGCCCGCAGGACGCAUGGCCGCCCGCUGCGGUUACUUGCCCGUGAAAUGCAUCUCAUCGGGUUUUCAUUGUCACACCCGGCCGCUUUCCCCCACGGCCCCGGCGCUGACAGCCACGGCCGCUCCCGUCUGUGCCAGCACCGUGUGCCCUCCCGCUCUCCAGGAAGCAGGAGCAUCCACGCCGCCCCAGCUCUCGGUGCCCGCCCCACCUUCCCCAUCCCUCGGAGAAUGGCUGAUUCCGUUUGCUUUUUGACUGCAUUGAACGCAUGGCUUCAAUUUUCUCCUCUUCCUCUUUGCAGCCCUUGGGGAGGGAUGCCGAGCCAUGCCAAACUGUCCCUUCCCAACUCCCUGUUUUGUGAGGGGUCCCUGGUUUGGGGGUGCAGUGUCCCACAGCAGUGACUCGUUCCCGGUGGCGUGUGCUCCGCGCCACUCGCUUUGGGAAGAGUGAAGUUGCGCACACGUGACGAGCACGUGGGCGCGGGAGGCUGUGUUGUUUCUCUCGCCAGGCAGUUGUGCAGGGAAAGCUGUGCCACCGAGGAGAACCCCUGUCCGAAGUCACCCCAAAAUUGUGUGGGGACCAGCCCUUCACUAAGCAGCCAGCCCUCAUUUUAACCUUGGAGCCCGUGCAGGACCUGCUGCUGUGGGCUGGCUGACCUUGAACGGCAGAGCCGGGUGUCACCGUGCCCAGCCGGGUGUCACUGUGCCCAGCCGUGGCACCUGGUGCUGCCGGGAUGGCAGGGAGCAGCGUGGAGGGGCUGGGUGGCAGCGAAGGGCAGCUGUGGGAAAUCUGCCUUAAGAAACCACCCAAAGCGGUCCAAGAGCAGCUGCAGCCGGUGCUGGUGGGCGUGUGGGUGAUGCUCUGGCACAGAGCUCCUCCACACGGCACCGCGCUGGGCUCCGCUGCCAGCCACGCCAAGAGCAGGGAGAUGCUGGCAGGGAAGAUGCUGCUGCAGCGGCUCCUCCAGCUGGGAUUUUCUUUGCUUUUCCUAAUGGCUCCUUCCUGCGCCAGCCGCCUCCUCCCACUGCCGGGAGCACGUGGCUGCAGUGCUGGCUCGGCAGCUGCCGCAGGCUGUGCUUGGGGGGCAGGGGCUGCGCUCUGGUACAGCUGUGCUGGGUGGGGACCCCACACAUCCCCGGGGACGCGGUCAUGGUUUGGGCUGGCAGCGUCUGCAAGAGCUGGACUGGGCUCGGCAGCAAUCGCUGCUUGAAGCAGCCCCUGCAGUCCCCCACGACCUCGAUUCCCCAGGGACUCUGGAUUUGUGGGGGCCCCUCGGAUCCUUCCCUGCCAGUGGGGUGCUGGCAGCAGCAGAGCACCCGCUGCUUGGGGCUCUGCCUCCCUGUUUUGGGGCUGCCGGUUCCCCCAGUCACAGGCCACCCCGUGCCUGCCCCUUGCUGGCAGGCUGGACCGAGCCGUGACCAGGGGAAGGACAUCCCUCCCUCCCUUGUCCUGGCAUCCCCCGAGGGUGCCUCGGAGUAGGUGCCUGGCCCUGCUGCUGGAGCUGCUGCUGGCCCUGGCUCAGCCGUGGGGAUGGGCCCUGCAGCGCAGGGAGAGGUGUGUCCCUGGGCCCUUUGCAGGGAUGUUUGAUGCCCCCAGCCCAGUCCCUGGGGACCCCUCGAGGCCCCCCGCGAUGGUCAGCCAUCAGCAGUGUAGAUGUGUCGGUGUGUAGCGGUAGCUGUGCGUGUGUGUUGGCAUUAGCCACGGUGUUUCGGUAGCCCCGUGCGGGUGCCAGCCUGCGGAGCCAGGCGGGCAUCACGCAUCAGACACGUGUUCCCUGGAUAGAGCGCGUCCUCUUCUCUGCGUCCCCUCCCUCCCCGGCCGUCCCCCACCGGAUCCAGUCCCGCCCCCAAAGGUGGAAAAGCCAAAAAAGCGCCGGGACAGCCGUGAUUCUGGCAGCCUGCUCCCGCCUCACCGCCGCCUCGGGGGGACUUUGCCUUCCCACCCCCUGGGCAGCCCCGCUCCAGGAGCAUCUGAAGCCGCCUCCCAUGUGUGAGCCGGGUUUGGGGUUCCCGUGGGGUCCGGCGGCCCCAGAGCUCUCUAACACACACGGAUCUCACCCAGCACCUCGGUGCCUUCUUGGGGUGCACAGCCACCCCGUGCUGUGGCCAGGGCUUCUCAGGGAGGGCGCUGAGGCUGACAGUCACCUGCCCUCCAUCCCUGUCCAUGGGGAAGCCAAAGCCCCCAGGUACCAGCAAGGCCUGAGGCCACACUGAGGGUCUCGCAUCACACGUGUGCUUUGCUGACCCUGCAGCUCAGGGCUCAGCUUCCGUUCCUAGGGGGGACACGGGUCCCAGUGGUCCCCUACGUGCUGUGCAUCACCCUGGAGCCAGGGUGAUCCCUCCACAGACUGUCAGGCGAAAUAUUUCCUCAGGAGCAGGUUCUGGGUCGCUGCCAGAACCGGAGCCAGUGCCGGGGUCUCCUGCCCUGGCCGCAAGCACAACAUCAUCCGCUUUGUCCCCGUCCUCACCCCUGUCCCCCUCCUCGAGUCUCGCCGGGUGUGUUUGUCAGGGAGAACCGUCGUGGACAGUGGUGGAUUUUCUGUGCCGUGUGGUUGUAGUGCUUAGAGACCCCCCCAGCGUGCGGCCCCUCCCGCUGCGCCCCCGCUGCCCGGUGCUGGCUGGCGUGCGUGUGCGAGCGUGUGUGCGUGCGGCAUCCCGUCAUCACUCCAGACAAAGCGAAUAAUAAUAAUAAUAAUAAUAAUAAUGAUAGUAAUAAUAAAUAAUAAAAAUAAACCAAACCUCUCUCAGGAAGCAGCUGCCCUGGCGGCGGCCGAGUGGGCCGGGGGUACCCGGAGCUGGCGGGGCCCCGGCGCAGCCUGCGGACGGGCGCCAGCGCUCGGGGUCACCUUUGUAGUGUUGUGUUAGUGAAGGGUCCCUGUGUCUGUUAUCUUGGAGAAACAGGAUUUUAGCCGAGGGGCAGCGACGACCCCAUCAGGGUCUGUCUUGGGGGUGUGUGACAUGGCUGGCCCUUGCUCUGCAGAACCUCGGCUAACAAUGAUCCUGACCGUUGUGAUUAUGGAAUAAAGUGUGUUGGUCUGCUC